AUGUCGUCAACUCACAUUCUGACAGAUCGUAUCUUGGCUCUACUGGGUGAUGGAAGUCGAUCAGACUUUGAAGAUCUUUAUGAUGAAGAAGACUUGGGGGCAGAUUCUCUUGUUUUUGCUGACGUUUUAACUACUGCCAACAUUUCUGAGCAUACAGAAAUUGAAAUCGAGAUUGAGCCAGCACAAAGUCUUAGUACUAAUACUACAAUACCACGUGCAUUACACCUUAAGCCAGACGACCUUCCAGCUUUCCGUAAAAACCCAGUUCGUGCACCAAUAGAUUAUCUUAGCGAGUACUUUGAUGAAAAUUUCUAUGAAGAGAUAGCUAGGUGCACCAAUCUCUACUACAAGCGGAAAACUGGGCAAGAACUAAACACAACCAAGUUCGAAAUCGCAAAAUUAUUCGGUGCGCACAUUAUUAUGGGAUGCCUUCCCUAUCCCCACUUGACGAUGUACUGGCGAGCCAAUAUGAAGAUAGGCCUUAUUGCAGAUACAAUAAGUCGCGAUCGGUUUUUAACACUACGUAAGUCUCUCAAUGUAGUGGAUCAUGAUCGACCAAGUGGAACAGAAAAACAAAAUCCGCUUUGGAAGGUACAACCCGUGAUCAAGCUGGUUCAGGAAGCCUGCAGCAGAUUGGAAAGAGUCCCAACUAACUAUUGCAUAGGUGAACAUAUAAUUCCAUUCAGUAGCCGCUAUUCCACGCGGCAUAUACCCAGACCUGUUGGUAUCAAAACGUUCGUUUUGACAACGAGCGAUGGUCUUCUGCUCGAUUUUGACAUAUUCAGAACUGCCAAAACAAAAUCUGCUCAAAACUCUUUAGAGCGAGGAUCUUCUUUAAUUUUGAAUUUAAUCAAAAGUGUCCCAUCCGGCAGCAGUGUGUUUUACAACCAGCGUUACUCAACAGAACAAGUAGUUGAAGAGUUUAACUGCAGAAAUAUACACAGCAAGGAUUUGUUAAACCCAAUACCGGAUCGAGCAACUAACAAAUUGGAGCAAAUUGCUGAUACAGUUGAUGGUGAAUGUCAGGCCAGUAGGAAUGAGUCUAAUGACGAAUCUGCAAUAAUGCCAUCAAAACACACGGAAUCUUCAACAAGCAAAAUAGUUAAAAGAUCGGUUAAAAAUCAGAAACAUAAUGACGAUGAAGAUGCUUCUAUUGCUCAACAAUAUUUUCAACAUACGGUUGGUGUAGAUAUUCUAAACCGACUAACCAACUUCUAUAAUGCCAACAACAGAGGAAAAUGGACCUUAAAUGUGAUUUUCCACUUUUUUAACUUGGCCUUGGUUAACUCGUGGCGAUUGUAUAGAAAUGAUUGCGUCGCAAACGGGGUGUUAAGAAAGGACACUCUUCCGCUCCUGGAUUUUCGGUUCAGUGUUGCUGAUAGUUUGACCAACGCUCCUGAGAGAGACCGCCCUAAUGAUGACAGCGAGUCUGAUGACGACCUACACUGUACAAGUAGACGGUACAGACCAAUUCGUCCGUCUGAACGCAAGAGAUACGAUGGAUAUGACCACCUCGCUGUGUUCGAUGAGCUAAGGGCACCAAGGUCUUGCUAUACGACGACUUACUCCAAAAAUGGGAAAAUUUUAAUACAUCUUGGUGGAUUCACAUUUUUCAAGAAAAGAACCAUCGGAGUCAAAGAGACUUGGGCAUGUUCUACCCACCAUACGAAAGGAUUAUCCUACACGACAAGAAUAUCCAAGAAUGGUAACGUUAUAAUAAAUUACGAAGGGUUUUCAUACUUCAAGAAGCGCAAGUUCAAAUCGACGGAUUUGUGGGCGUGCUCUACUCACCAUACGAAAGGAUGCAAAGCCAAGCUAACCGUAAUUAACGGACACAUUGUGAAAAAGAAAAAUGAACAUUUGCACGAGUAA